AUGCUACCCCUGGUGAGGACCAUGGCUCUGUUUCCAUCGCUCUCUCUCCUUCUUCUGAGUGUGGUGACAACAUCUUAUUCAGAAAUAGAACCCGAUGAGAACCUUCAAAAGACCUGCCCUGUGAUCACCUGUGCUUCUCCAGGCAUCAAUGGCUUGCCAGGCAGAGAUGGGCGUGAUGGCCCCAAGGGAGAAAAAGGAGAACCAGGCCAAGGGCUCAGAGGCAUUCAAGGUCCCCCUGGAAAGUUGGGGCCUCAAGGAAAUCCAGGACCCCCUGGGCUACCAGGAAGUGUGGGCCAAAAAGGAGACCCUGGAAAAUGUCCAGAGCGUGAUGAUCGCCUGGCUGCUUUAGAAAGAGAAGCUCUGCGCUCAGAAUUGGAACGUGUCAAAGAAUGGCUGGCCUUUGGUCUGGGCAAACAAGUUGGAAAGAAGUUCUUCUUGACCAAUCGUCAAAAGAUGAGCUUUGACAAAGUGAAGGCAGUGUGCACCCAUUUCCAUGCCUCCGUGGCCACCCCCAUGAAUGCUGAAGAGAACACGGCCAUCCUGCAUAUAACAGGAGGAGAUGCCUUCCUGGGCAUCACAGAUGAGGAGAAAGAAGGUCAUUUUGUGGAUCUGACAGGAAGGCCUGUGGCCUACCAAAACUGGAAUGAUAAUGAGCCCAACAAUGCUGGCUCUGGGGAACAUUGUGUGAUGAUCCGGACUGAUGGCACAUGGAAUGACAUCAACUGCACAGCCUCCCUUUUGGCAGCUUGCGAGUUCUCUGUCUGA